AUGAAAAAAUCAGAAAAAUCAUCAACAGCCACAGUUGGUGCUUCAUCAAAUGUUCAAGUUGAAGCCAUUAAAGAAACACCAAAUAAAGACAAUCAAGAAUUUUUAAUUAAAGUUUUGAUUCUUUCAGUUAUUUAUGUUUUAGCAUUUUCAACCCGUUUAUUCUCAGUAUUACGUUAUGAAAGCGUUAUUCACGAAUUUGAUCCAUAUUUCAAUUAUAGAUCAACAAUUCAUUUAGUUAAGGAAGGUUUUUAUAGUUUUUUAAAUUGGUUUGAUGAACGUUCAUGGUAUCCAUUAGGACGUAUUGUUGGUGGUACCAUUUACCCAGGUUUAAUGGCAACAGCAAGUGUAGUACAUUGGGCACUCAAUUCAUUAAAUCUCACAGUCGAUAUUAGAAAUGUUUGUGUUUUAUUAUCACCAUGGUUUGCAUCAAAUACAGCUAUGGUCACUUAUAAAUUUGCAAAAGAAAUUAGAGACACACAAACUGGUUUAGUUGCUGCCGCUAUGAUUGCCAUUGUUCCAGGUUACAUUUCACGUUCAGUUGCAGGUUCAUUUGAUAAUGAAGGUAUUGCUAUUUUCGCUUUAAUUUUCACUUAUUAUUGUUGGAUCAAAGCUGUCAACACUGGUUCAUUAAUGUGGGCUGCUAUUUGUUCAUUAGCUUACUUUUACAUGGCCAGUGCUUGGGGUGGUUAUGUUUUCAUUAUCAAUUUAAUCCCACUUCAUGCCUUCUUCCUUUUACUUACUGGUCGUUACUCCCAUCGUCUUUACAUUGCCUAUAGUACCAUGUUUGUUAUGGGUACCAUUCUUUCAAUGCAAAUCAACUUCAUUAGUUUCCAACCAGUUCAAAGUUCAGAACAUUUAGCUGCCAUUGGUAUUUUUGGUCUUCUUCAAUUAUUUGCUGGUUUACAAUGGUUCAAGAGUCACUUAACCAAUGAAGCCUUCAAGAAACUUCAACGUUUUGCUAUUUUAUCAGUUUUAUCAAUCGCUGGUGCUAUCCUUGUCAUUGGUACCGCCACUGGUUAUAUCUCACCAUUCAACGGUCGUUUCUACAGUUUAUUAGAUCCAACUUAUGCUCGUGAUAAUAUUCCAAUUAUUGCUUCAGUAUCUGAGCAUCAACCAACCACAUGGGCUUCUUAUUUCUUUGAUCUUCACAUCUUAGUUUUCCUUUUCCCAGCCGGUUUAUAUUUCUGUUUCAGAAAACUCACUGAUUCCAACAUCUUUUUAAUUCUCUAUGGUGUUACUUCAAUUUAUUUCUCUGGUGUUAUGGUUCGUUUAAUGUUAGUUUUAGCUCCAGUUGCCUGCGUUUUAGCUGCUGUUGCCGUUAGUGCCACUCUUACCACCUACAUGAAGAAAUUAAAGGCCCCAUCAUCCGAUCAAAACAAUACCAAAGAAUCAGGUGGUGUUAUGGUUGCUGUUCUCACUGUUCUUUUAAUCCUUUAUGCUUUCCAUUGCACUUGGGUUACCUCCGAAGCUUAUUCAUCACCAUCAAUCGUUCUUUCAGCCAAACAAGGUGAUGGCAGUCGUGUAAUUUUCGAUGAUUUCCGUGAAGCUUACCGUUGGAUUGGUCAAAAUACUGCUGAUGAUGCACGUAUUAUGUCAUGGUGGGAUUAUGGUUAUCAAUUAUCAGCUAUGGCAAAUCGUACCAUUUUAGUUGAUAACAACACAUGGAAUAACAGUCAUAUUGCUCAAGUUGGUAAAGCAUUUGCCUCAUCAGAAGAAGAUGCCUACUAUCAAAUGAAAGCAUUAGAUGUCGAUUACGUUUUAGUUAUUUUUGGUGGUCUUACUGGUUACAGUAGUGACGAUAUUAACAAAUUCUUAUGGAUGGUUAGAAUUGGUGGAAGUUGUGAUCCAACUCUUAAAGAAGAAGAUUAUCUCACCGAUAAACAAUAUCGUAUUGAUAAAGGUGCUAGUCCAACAAUGUUAAACUCGCUUAUAUAUAAAUUAAGUUACUAUCGUUUCUCAGAAGUCCACACAGAUUAUCAAAGACCAGCUGGUUUCGAUCGUGUAAGAGGUGUUGAAAUUGGUUAUAAAGGUUUCGAUUUAACAUAUCUUGAAGAAGCCUUUACUUCAGUUCAUUGGUUAGUUAGAGUUUAUAGAGUAAAAGAUUUCGAAAAUAGAGCUUAA